UUUACAUCUUUUACCGAAACAAGAAAACAUCCCAACUAGUGAUGAAAAACAGUCCCGCUUCGACAAAGACAUCGAACCGCACCAACGUAAUUUACAAAUUUACGUGUCCACACAAGGAUUGUAGGCCUUGUAACAACCAUUACAUUGGUGCGACUACGACAACUUUGUCGAGACGUUUGACUAUGCACAUCCAGGAUGACACAGGACCAGUCGAACAUUGGGUAGUCACACACAAACAAAAACCCACUCACAAACUACUCAAAGACAGCACCGACAUCAUCGACGCCAACAGCGACCACUAUCGCUUAUUCAUCCAAGAGGCCAUAUACAUCAGCAGACAUAAGCCACCACUUAACAUACAGAGAUACACCAACAUCUCACUGGCGCUCUGGGGUGUAUGAUCCUGAUGGGAAAAGUGAUGGGGAACGGUCCUUAUCGGCCCUGUUCAUGUGCUCCAACCGAAUAGCUGGAGACUGUGCGUUAUGAAAAAUGCUUGUCUGUGUUAUGUGUAUGACGUAUGUGUCAUUAGGUAUGCAUUAAGACUCAAGGGAGUUGGAAAUGAUGAAAAAGUGGAAAGUUAAAGUGAUUCAGUGACCCAGUAUAGUGAAGUGUAAGUGUAUAUGUAUCUUCGUCACCUGCAAUAUUUGUAACAUGGCUAUUUUCAAUAUUUUGCAAAUCAAAAUAGCUACACUGACGACCAUGUUUAGCGGUACUUUUUAGUACAUUCCUUGAAAAUGAUUGUCUCAAAUACAAUCGAAACGCGUCGGAAAACAUGACUUAAAUGAGUAUAACCGAUAUAAUCAAUACAGUUCCUGAUUCAAUCAAGAAAACUUUCAACAAGAUACAAAAACUUAACAGAAAACUAUCUAAAGCCAAAACUGCGGUGCUGUUUAACGACAUAUGCCUCAAAGAAAAUAUCCUGCCCAAAUACUCUGAUGUGAAACUGCAUGAUCAUAGGGCAAAGAAACAGCCAUUUACUGAGACAUUUCGACGCAACUUAGUCGAGCAUCAAUUGAAUCAGAAACAAACACAAGUAAGUGAGCUUCAACAAAAAGUAGACACCCUUAACAAGAAACUUAGUGAAAGCGACAUCGACUCUAGCAUCAAAAACAGACUUUUCUUGUACUUAGAUGAGAAAGCUGAGAAUUCCCAACACCAAGACAACGUAAGAGUGACCAAGAAACUUACGAGACUUUACGGUGGCAGUUUUAAGUUGCCAGAAGUAGAAAAACAACAAGGCUACAUCAAUCUCUCAUCAGUAGAACUAACCGAAGCACAGCAUAAGUUACUUAAUCUCGGACUCAACUGCCAUUUUCAAACCAAAAGAAACAUUGUCCACAAGCAAACUGAGUUAGAACUACUUUACCAAAGUAUAUUGAAACUAGAAGCUGGCGAUCAUAUUUGUGUUCAUCCUGACUUGAAAGGCCAACUAGCUGGUGAAGGUAGCAAGCUAAGAGGAAGUGACUACAGCAAACUUUUGACGCAAGAUCUUCGAGAGGCGGCAAAACAAUUGAAAGAAGACCCCCGUAUCAUUGUCAGACGAGCCGAUAAGGCAUCUCUUUUUGUUAUCCUAGACAAAGAAAGCUAUAUUAACAAAUUGAACAACAUACUAUCUGAUCAAUCCAAGUUCAAACAAAUCAAGGAGGACCCAACCAAGAAACUAAAAGCAAAGGUCAACAGAAUCAUUAAAAGUGCCAACGCUCUUAUCAACGGAGUACAUUUUGAGUCAAUAUCUGGUGAGUACACCCCAGGGUACGCCUACGGAACAGUUAAAACACAUAAACCAGACAACCCAUUAAGGCCUAUUAUUUCUCAAGUCUGCACAUCUACUUAUAGGCUAGCAAAAAGACUUAACCAAUUAUUAAAACCCUAUCUUCCUUCCAAAUACAGUGUUCAAUCCACCGACGAGUUUCUAGAUAUACUACGCGUUAAAAAGCCACAAGGUGAAAUAGCGUCUAUUGAUGUAGACAACCUUUUUACUAACGUACCUGUAGAUACAACAAUCCAGUUAAUUAUAGACGAGGUUUACACCAAGAGAAGUAACGGCCUAGACAAACUUGCACUUGCCCCUGAAAUUCUUAGAAGCCUUCUAGAAGCGUGUACUAAGGACUCCCCAUUUCGUGGCCCCGAUGGAAAGCUCUACACCCAAAAAGAUGGCGUGGCGAUGGGUUCACCUCUCGGUCCUCUAUUCGCCAACUUUUACAUGGCUUUUGUCGAGGAGAGUACUUUCAGUGACCCGGACAUCAAACCAACGACAUACUGUCGAUACGUAGAUGAUGUUUUCUUAGAGGUGAGGGACCCACAGCAUUUAGCUGAUAUCAUUCGAGCACUUGAAAACAACUCUGUUUUGAAAUUUACUUUUGAAACACACCAAGAUGGAAGCUUGAAUUUUCUUGAUGUUACUAUUCAGACCACCCCAGACAGAUACCUCACUGGCGUCUACGCCAAACCCACCAACAAAGGAAAAACACUCAAUGCCAAAAGCGAAUGCCCCUCUCAGUACAAGAAAAGCGUGCUCCGAGCAUUCAUAACACGGGCAGUAAAAACCAGUUCCACUUAUGACUUGAUGAACACAGAAUUUGACAGGGUCAAACAACUUCUGGUGAACAAUGGAUUUACAAACACCGAGGUAGACGAAGAAAUCCACAAACAACUUGAAAAACGACACAAGCCACCACAACCUGCGCAACAACAACAACCUACCAAGGUCCAUCACCUGUAUUACAGGAACUACAUGAACACACAACACAAAACUGAUGAGAAGAUCCUCAGAGACAUGUUGAAGAAGAACAUCACCUGCACAGACGACAAUAGUCAGGUUCAACUUUACAUCUUUUACCGAAACAAGAAAACAUCCCAACUAGUGAUGAAAAACAGUCCCGCUUCGACAAAGACAUCGAACCGCACCAACGUAAUUUACAAAUUUACGUGUCCACACAAGGAUUGUAGGCCUUGUAACAACCAUUACAUUGGUGCGACUACGACAACUUUGUCGAGACGUUUGACUAUGCACAUCCAGGAUGACACAGGACCAGUCGAACAUUGGGUAGUCACACACAAACAAAAACCCACUCACAAACUACUCAAAGACAGCACCGACAUCAUCGACGCCAACAGCGACCACUAUCGCUUAUUCAUCCAAGAGGCCAUAUACAUCAGCAGACAUAAGCCACCACUUAACAUACAGAGAUACACCAACAUCUCACUGGCGCUCUGGGGUGUAUGAUCCUGAUGGGAAAAGUGAUGGGGAACGGUCCUUAUCGGCCCUGUUCAUGUGCUCCAACCGAAUAGCUGGAGACUGUGCGUUAUGAAAAAUGCUUGUCUGUGUUAUGUGUAUGACGUAUGUGUCAUUAGGUAUGCAUUAAGACUCAAGGGAGUUGGAAAUGAUGAAAAAGUGGAAAGUUAAAGUGAUUCAGUGACCCAGUAUAGUGAAGUGUACCCGCACCUGGACCUAUGUGAGGUCAGCAGUACCAGCAGCAGCUCGAUCAACAGCAGCGUUCAUCACGGCGAGGGAGUCCUGUGGCGCUUUCUGCCGCUGGCUGACCCGUCUGUGGAGCUGUUCAUCAGUCGCGACCUCGACUCCCUCCUGGGACAGAGGGAGAGCGACGCCGUACAAGAGUGGAUCAAGUCCGGUAAAACCAUUCACGUGAUGAGAGACCACCCUCUUCACGCUGUCAGCAUUCUGGCAGGCGCCUGGGGAGCCCGAAACCACCGCUCUGACAUCUAUCGACCGCUGCGAGAACGUCUGUGCAUGUGCUGACUACAUCAACUACCUAAUUCCUAAUGGCUGGAAAAUUCAAUAAGAGAUUUUACCGGUCUGAUAGUUUACACGAUCUUUUCUUAGACAAGGGCAAAGAAGCUUCGGAAACCAAUCAAUGGCUGUUUGAGGUCAGUCAUGAGGCAGCAAAUAAAGUCGGAGGAAUCUACACCGUUAUCCGGUCCAAGUGCAAUGUGACAGUGGAGGAGUGGGGCGACCAGUACUGUCUGCUGGGGCCCUACAAGGAGCACCAGGCGCGCACCGAGAUCGAGCCCUUCGAGUACCCCGAGGGCAGCGUCUUCCACGCGGUCGUGUCAUCGCUCAGAGAACAGGGAUGGAAGGUGGUCACAGGCCGCUGGCUUGUGGACGGCAACCCGCAGAUCAUCCUCUUCGACGUCGGCUCGGCGUCAUGGAAGAUGAACGAGAUGAAGGACGAGCUGUGGAACCUGGCCGGCAUCGGCAUCCCCAACCCGGACGUCGAGUGCAACGACGCCGUCGUCUUCGGCUACAUGGUGGCAGAGUUCCUUCAGCAGUUCCGUAACCGACUGCCGGAGUUCACCGAUGGCCCUCCGCGCAUGGUGGCGCACUUCCACGAGUGGCUGGCCGGUGUCGGUCUCAUCCUGGCCCGGCUCAGGAAGAUUGACCUGGCUACCGUGUUCACGACACACGCCACGCUGCUGGGACGCUUCCUCUGCGCCGGAAAUACCGACUUCUACAACAACCUGCCCUAUUUCAACAUUGACGAGGAGGCUGGUAAGCGUCAGAUCUACCACCGGUACUGCAUGGAGCGGGCGUCCACCCACCUCUGUCACACGUUCACAACCGUCUCCGAGAUCACCGGACUGGAGGCCGAGCAUCUGCUCAAGAGGAAGCCAGACAUUGUGACUCCGAAUGGUCUGAACGUGAAGAAGUUCUCCGCGCUGCACGAAUUCCAGAACUUGCACGCCCUCAGCAAAGCCAAGAUCAACGACUUCGUCCGCGGCCACUUCUACGGUCACUUUGACUUCAAUCUUGACAAGACGCUGUACUUCUUCAUCGCUGGUCGUUAUGAGUUUGGAAACAAGGGAGCCGAUAUCUUCAUCGAGUCACUCUCUCGGCUCAACCACUACCUCAAGAGCUCAGGCUCGGACGUAACGGUCGUCGCGUUCAUGAUCUUCCCCACCAAGACCAACAACUUCAACGUGGAGAGCUUGCGCGGCCACGCCGUCACCAAGACGCUCAAAGACUCCAUCGAGGAUAUUCAGAAGAAGAUCGGCAGCCGAAUGUUCGAGAUCUGCAUGACCGGUCGUCUUCCCGAGAGCACAGAGCUGCUGACGCGAGAGGACAACGUCCGCCUGAAGCGGUGUAUCUACUCGAUGCAGCGCUCCUGUCUGCCUCCUAUCACCACACACAACGUGGUCAAUGACGGCGAGGACCCGGUGCUCCGCUCGCUACGGCGCUGCCACCUCUUCAACGACAAAUCCGACAGAGUCAAGGUGGUGUUCCACCCCGAGUUCCUGUCGCACACCAACCCUCUGCUCGGUAUGGACUACGAGGAGUUUGUGCGCGGCUGUCACAUGGGCGUGUUCCCGUCCUACUACGAGCCGUGGGGCUACACGCCGGCAGAGUGCACCGUCAUGGGCAUACCGUCCAUGACCACAAACCUCUCCGGGUUCGGCUGUUUCAUGUCGGAGCACAUAGCCGACCCGAUGUCGUACGGCAUCUACAUCGUGGACCGGCGCAGUAUCGGCCUGGAGGACUCGAUCCGCGAGCUGGCCAAGUACAUGUACGACUUCACGCGGCUGAACCGGCGCCAGCGGAUCAUCCAGCGCAACCGUACAGAGCGGCUCAGCGACCUGCUCGACUGGCGCAACCUGGGCAUCUACUACCGGCGCGCGCGUCAGCUGGCGCUGCACGCCGUCUACCCGGAGAUGGCCGUCUCGGAGGAGCACGGCGGCCGCAUGAGCUACCCGCGGCCCCUCAGCGAGCCGCCCAGUCCGACCACGUCGCGCUCCACCACGCCGGCGCCCUCCGAGAUCGGAUCAGAUGAUGAGGUCGACGAUGAGGAGGAGCUGCUGGAGCUGGCUAUCAAAGACGACCAGUAAGACGUCCGAGCGGCCAGCCUCGGGCUAGUGUCGCCACUCCGCGACGGCUAAUGGAGUGUCUGUGAACGCCGGGCUCGGUGUUACGCGCGCGCAUGGGUGUGUGCGUGUCUGCGCUUAUCUGAGAGAGAACUGGAGAUCUGACACCCGAUGAUCUGUUUCGCCGAGGAGCGGAGGCGGUGCUGCGCGCGCGCGCGAUGAUUUAGUAGCAGGGCUCCGUUUUGUCACCGGUGUAUGAGAUGUGUCGCUAUUCUGGGUGGGGAUAUGACGUGUGAUUUGCAAUUAGCUCGCUGUGUGUGCUGUUCUGAUUCUGUUUUCUAACGGAUGCUAACGUGAGGAUAAGUCUUGCCGUACGAUAAACUUCAGUCAUCAUUUUUUUUUUUGUCGAAUACUCAAGUCCAUGACAAUAUUGGAUUCCAGUCAGUUCUUGUGCAAUAAAUAGUGAAUUGAUGUAUUUUAUAAUUGCUGUUGUCAAAUUGAGCUAGGCUCACAUGGUACCUACAUCGUUCAACGAAAGGCUUCCCUUUACUGUGUAGCGAAUGCUUAUGCUCGCGUCUAACUACGAUGCCUCUGUGUUAAACUGGCACGAUAGUUUGCUGUGCUUUCAAUGUUUCGGGUGUCAGACACUAAUGCCACAAAGGCAGGCAGUCCUUUUUGGAAGGCGCUAACUAUUUUAGGCCACGUAUUUCCGAUAUUAAUCACUAAUGACAAUGUAUAAGUGCAAUUUCUGUUCUUAAAUUGAUGUUAUCCAUCUUGCCGAGGAUGCACUGAUGAAUUAUCGGCAGGGCUGCCCGGCCGCUGUUGGCUGCGCCAGUCAUGUACUACUCAGGAGGAGGUGGGAUCACUCCUCGUACUAACGCCGCCAGUUUGCGCACGCGCGUGGGACGCUCAGGUGUGCGCCGUCUGUCAGGGUGUGCGUUUACGAACGCACGUGUGUGUAUGUGUGUGUGUGCUCGCGUGUCUGCUGAGGCGAGGACUGCUCGGUGUUGGUCAGAGGCCGGCCGACGGUCCGUGACGAGGGCGCUCUCGUCGUCAGCUAGUCGUGCGACAACCAGCGACACAGUACUGCCGACCGGGGUGGCGCUCGGACGUCACGUCCUGCGUGACGUGGGACGUCACGUUAUGCGUCACACGCCGCCCCGCGAGCGGCGGCCGGUGGAGGUCGGACGCGCGCGCGCUAAUCAUGUUACGGGAACUAACUGCCAGCGGGCCUUCUGUGAGCUCUGUACAUACGAUUAACAUGUCGCCCGAGGGAGGAGCGUGUAUUAGCCGGUCUGAGGUGUGUGACUGUCUGGGUGAAUGGCUGUUAAAAUACAACAUCAUUGGUAGA